CGCAAAUGGCAGAUCACGAAUUAGAAGCUAAUUUGAUCAAAGUCAGUGUUAUCAUUGAUGAUUCAACAGGUCCGCGUGGCAACUCUUACUUAUUUUAUAAGAAUAAACGCUGUAUUUUUAAUAGAGCUUAUAUAGCUAUAUAAGAAUUAAAAAAAGCCAGAAAUUUAACCGAAUUAUAAAAUAACCAAAUUAUAAAAUAAAACAGCGUACACAGACUAAGAGUAAGACUAAUACGUCAUGAUUGACUUUUGUAAAUGCAUCAUAAAGGAGGUUUCUGCUCCACGCUGAGGGUCCGGCAGCCAGGAGGAGCAGCAGCAGGAGGAGGAGGAGGUCCGUCCCCCCGCGCGCCGUGGCAAUGACUGAGGCAGCGCUGACAGGGGCUGGACUGACGACAGCAUCCUCCGCCGCCCAGAGGCUCCACACCUGACCGACUCCAUCAGAGCCGCGCAGAUCAUGAAGCUGCCGGGUGAUCCCGACGCCACCAUUUCACGCCAUGCGCCACAGACGCGUCUGCGUAAACGUUCAACCUAAAGUGCGUUCGCUGCGCUGCGCUUUUUUCACCUUUGGGCUUUUGAUUUAGUGCGUGACCGAAUCGAGGUGCUUUCUCGUUUCCUCAAGAGAGAGGGAGAGAUAGAGAGAGGGAGCGAGCGAGAGAGAGAGAGAGGGAGAGAGAGGGGGAGAGAAACAACCCCAGAAGAAGAGCGCACGGAUCCUGCGUCGCUUUUACCCAAAGCAGACAUGGGUGGAAUCAAAUCGGGGAUAAUCAAACCGGCUCGAUCAUGGAGCGGAUUCGCCUUCUCCUCGCCAUAAAACGAUCAGCUCGAUCCGGGUCGGAAGUUGCGACGCUGAGCAGCCUUCAGUCAAGCGAACAAAUGGUCAAGUCAACGGCAGCUGGGAACAGUCUGGCAUAAGGAGGAUAUCAAUAACAGCCUGACGCUCUACACACACACACACACACACACACACACACACACACACACAUAUAUAGACCAUGGCGCUGGAGAACUCCGUCUUCCCGUCCCGCCCCGACUCCCUGGCGCUCCCCGUGGAGGAGAAGGGCGUAGGGGAGGCAGCGGAGGCGGCAACGGAGGCCUCCGCCGCCUCCGCCGGGGUCUUCAACGUGUCGGAGGAGCUGGGCCACGUCGUCACCACGCAGACCGCGCCGUCCCCCUCGCCCCCGGCCAAGGUCAAAAGGUCGUUCCAGUCCAAGCUGGCCGAGCGGGAGGCCAACGCCAAUCAGCACGUCAAGAAGGUCCAGGGCCCUGAGAAGGAGCGCGGGCGAUUCGGAUGGGCCCGGGCUCGGCGUAAGCGGCAGCGCUACGUGGAGAAGAACGGGCGUUGCAACGUGCAGCACGGCAACAUGCGCGAGACGUACCGCUACCUGACCGACAUCUUCACCACGCUGGUGGACCUCAACUGGCGCUGCUCGCUCUUCGUCUUCGUCAUGGCCUAUGCCGUCACGUGGCUCUUCUUUGGCGCCAUCUGGUACCUCAUAGCCUACUGCAGGGGGGAUCUGGACCAUCUGGAGGAUGAGGCGUGGACGCCGUGCGUGAACAACGUCAACGGCUUCAUAUCCGCCUUCCUCUUCUCCAUCGAGACGGAGACCACGAUCGGCUACGGAUACCGCGUCAUCACCGACCAGUGUCCAGUGGGCACCAUGCUGCUGCUGCUGCAGGCCAUCCUGGGCUCGAUGGUCAACGCGUUCAUGGUCGGCUGUAUGUUUGUGAAGAUCUCACAGCCUAACAAACGAGCCGAGACGCUUGUGUUCUCCAAGCACGCCGUCAUCUCUCUGAGAGACGACAAGCUAUGCCUGAUGUUCAGGGUGGGCGACCUUCGGAGUUCUCACAUCGUGGGGGCCAACAUGAGGGCCAAAUUAAUCAAGUCCAAGCAGACUCAAGAGGGUGAGUUCAUCCCUCUGGACCAAACAGACAUCAGUGUGGGCUUUGAGACGGGCGAUGACCGCCUCUUCCUUGUCUCCCCGCUGGUUAUUUCCCAUGAAAUCGACUCCCGCUCGCCUUUCUGGGACAUGUCGCAGGCCCAGCUGGAGAAGGAGGAUUUCGAGAUUGUGGUCAUUCUGGAAGGAAUGGUUGAGGCCACCGGGAUGACGUGCCAGGCGCGGAGCUCCUACCUGGGGGAGGAGGUGCUGUGGGGCCACAGGUUCAGCCCCAUGAUGUUGCUGGCGGAGGGCUUCUUUGAUAUUGACUACGGAGCCUUUCAUCACACGUUUGAGGUGGGCACGCCCUCCUGCUCGGCGCGAGAGCUGGCUCUGGCCGCGGCCAGACUGGACGCUCACCUCUACUGGUCCAUCUCCAGCAGGCUGGAUGAGGAGCCCACGCUUGCCGAGCAAGCUACCAAGCAGUCGGACGGCAGCUCGGCCAACAGCAAGGCGGGGGAGCCGAUGUUCACCGUCGGGGAGAUGACGGACAUCCAGGAGCAAUCCGCUUUGGGCGAGCUGAACGGCAGCGUCACCACCGAUCAAUCCGAAACAGAGGCCUAGAACAGAGAAUGUUUACAAAGAACCUCCAGUAUAUCACCACCACAUCCUAGCUGCGUGUUAAAGACUCUUUUAAGGCCGACGUGUAGUUUCAAUAGACCCACAUGUCCCGCAGUAAAUGCCAUAAUCUUGUGUUACCUUAUAAAACAAAAACAACCUUUAUUUUUUAAUAUUUUGUCUUUGAUUUGUUAUAAGUGUACUCCAUGUGCAUAUCUGAUUUUGUUGUUUUUUGCUCUAAUCACCCUUGCCUAUAUCUACUUUAAAACGACAAUACUAUGCUUCGGGUGGGUUUAACCACGGUCUAUCUUGUGGACAGAAAGAAUGUUGCACUGACAGUGAUUAGUCUUUUUUUUUUUGUUUGUUUUUGCAGACAGACGGUGGUUUGACAUGAAACGUUAAGUAUAUUAAGUGUUACCGUUUAAAAUAGGUACAGUGCAUAGAUGCUUUGUUGUCAGCUGGACAGAUCUAGAUAAACACAAACAAAAAUUUACUGCGCAUCAGUUAGGGUUGAAACCUUACAGCUAAUUACACUUUUCUCUUUUAUUUGGUUAGAAACUUUCAUUUUGGUGCUAGUGAGUUGUCUUGGAACACUUAUUGAACAAAGAUAUAUAGGUAAACAUUAAUGAUGUAUCUUCUGCCCUGAUAUAAACCAAAACGGGUGGGAUUAUUUAACAAAA